AUGGAAGAGCCACCAUUGAAAACUAGAGAGCUGAGAAUUGUACUCCUUGGAAAGACUGGAUCAGGGAAGAGUUUAAGCGGAAACAGGAUUCUUAAGAAAAAUGCAUUCACAUCGAAGUGUUCUGCAGGAUCUGUGACAAGAAUAUCUCAGAGGUCAACAGCUUUAAUUCGUAAAAUCGAAGUCAACAUUGUUGAUACGCCAGGUAUUUUCGAACUAAAAGAAAAUGAACUGAAGAAAGAAGUUAAAUGGUCUGUGGAGCUAUCUUUGCCUGGACCACACGUCUUUCUCCUUGUCAUGAGAUUGGACUUGACACUGACUGCUGAAGAUGGGAAACUCAUCGACUGGAUCAAAACCAACUUUGGAGACAAGGCUUUAAACUACACUCUCAUCCUGCUCACACAUGCAGAUCAACUAGGGCAUAUACCAGUUCAUGAAUACAUACAUUCCUGUAAGCAACUGAGGGAAAUUAUUGAGACGUGUCAGAAAAGAUACCAUGUGUUUAACAACAGGAGUGAAAAUUAUGAUGAGGUUGAACAAUUGUUCACCAUGAUAGAAAAAAUGGUUUCUGAGAAAGAGUAUUUCACAAGUGAUAUGUAUGAAAAGGCUUACAACAAGGUGACGGCGAUAGCCGAACAAAGGAGCAGAGUGGCCUUGGAGGGAUUGCCCCUCUUCCUAAAGGAGGACCCUUCCAAUCUUUUCAAGGCCUGUCUGGGGUACACUGGCAUGUCUUCUGGUAUCUUCACCAUACUCGACAUAACGGUGGGAGGAGUGGCAAACCUUAUUGCCACAGCUCAUAUUGAUGUACCAUCUUUGAGCUUUGAGCAAGUGACUUCAGUUGUUGAUGGACACCGUCCUAUGACAUGCGCGACACAGAUGAAGAGCAAGAUUACACACACCAAAGGUGUAAAGAUUGGGAUCAUGAUGAUGUAUGAAGAUGCCGUCUGCGCCGUCGCGUCCCUACCUGCAGCCAGCAAUAUCUGCAUCAUCUUGGAAGAGAGCGUGAUCAUCCAGGACAUUAAGGACCUUCCCUCAGCAACUGCUUACUUAUUUGGCCUGCUCUACUGUAUCAACAUGGAGUACCCCACGACCCCACAUUGA